AUGAUCAUGAGGCUCUCAACCCUUUUCGCCUUUCUCUGCUCACUUGUGGUCGUCAGUGCUUUUUAUUUGGACAAACGAAUGGAUCCACACGUCUACCGGCUCGGCUUUGGCAAGCGAUCCGUUGAUCCGAACGCAUAUCGAAUGUCAUUUGGCAAACGAAGCCUUGAUCAAAAUGCUUUUCGGAUGAGUUUCGGCAAAAGAUCAAUGCCCGAAUCCUUCAUCCCCUACGAACAAAUG